AUGGCUUCUGUAUGCCUUCACGAUUUCAUUCAAGGCUUCCUCAUCUUGUUCAGGCAUUCGGUUCGACGCCUUCAAACCAACCUCUUGGAUGCAUUCGUGGUUGAGUUGGCGGAGCGGCAGAAUAUCCUGAUGCCACCUGGCACAAACAAUGACAGUGCCAACCGCACGCAACGCAUGGCAACAGCCAGUGCGAUCGUCAACAAGAUUACUGGACAGAACUGGGCAAACGAGACGAAGCUUUCUUUGCCUAUCGUAAGAACCUAG